CCUAGCAAAUAGCAAAUAUCAUCUGUUGUUUAAAGGACACCCUUAAAGCCCUAUAUUGCAUGCAUAAAGUGGGCUGGGUGCAUCGUGAUGUCAGCGUUGGCAAUGGAUUAUGGAUCAUCAAGCAGGGCACUGGCAAACUUGCCGGUUUCGAAUAUGCAAAAUGUAUUCAUUCUAAUAAGUCUCACGAUGUGCGAACGGGCACUCCCCAUUUCAUGGCGGUGGAAGUAGACGCUAAGGGAUACCUGUUUUCAACGGACGAGGGCGAAGAACCUCCUUUUCGGAUGAAUGGGUUGCAUGACAUGGAAUCUGUGUGGUGGACCUUGAUAUGGGUCCUCUUUUAUUAUACUGACCAGAACCAUCCCACUGUUGACUUGGUUAACCAGUGGAACACACUUCAAGCAAUCUUCCCCAGUGUUCUUGGCCGGACCUCGCGUCUGGUUUUCUUCACCAAAUUUAAAUUGGUCACUGCAAGGCGAUCGCGAAGACAUGUGAGCCCGUUCGUCAAUUUCUUCACGAAUUUGCGGGUCACCUGCGAAACGGCUAUCGGAGGGCGGAGGAAUCGUUUCCGAUCAUCAAACUUGAAGAUAUCCUGGAAAGCAUUCAUAGGGAGACUGCGAAGAAUCUGUUCAAUGUACACAAGGAAUAUGUACACGGAGAUGCGAGCGAUGUUAUCCUUUGCCCCUUGCGUAGACUUCUUACACGCAAAAGGUCAAACUCAGAGGUUCAAACAUCACCAACGAUGCAGGAAAAGAGGAGGCGUUAGGUCUAGCACGCGCAUCUGGAUAGCCUACAGAUGGUAUACAGUGGUUUCGCUGAAACAAUUCACAGAGCAAGCUUGCUUUCUCUCUCCCAAAACAGAUGCAUCGCAAUCCACAACAAAAUAUCAAGUUCACAUGAUGAUCACGGCCUAUAUUUCCACGGCCCACAUGUGGGAGAACAAAUUUCAACAGUGCGCACAAUCAUCAUAUUUCUCCAGUCUCAUCGGAUCUAUCUCUCAGAGCAGUCGAAUUCCCCGCGAUGGGCAAGUAAUUUAAUACCUGUUCGUGUCCAUGGAUAAUUAUAAAUCCAGCGUUAAAAACUGACAGAACAAGGCAAUCAAUUUGCUGAUAAGUCGCCGGAUUCUGUGGGAAUAGGAUCACGUCACUGCUCAGGCCCUUAUAACAAACGCUUAUUUGCGUAGAUGCAAGAUUUGUAGAUCACCCCCCGACGCGUUCAUGGCAGAAAGCCCGGGAAGUUUUCUUAUCAUGCUGGAUACUGCAGCCGCCCAAGAUAGGGCAAGAUAUUUUCGAGACCAGCUGAAUCAAAUCACCAUGGAGGUAGAGCAGUGUAUCAGCCCACGGUGAUUAACUCAAACCAGACACAAAGAUCAAAAGAACCGUAUAGGAGUGGAUAUUUAUAGGCAGAACAUCAUAUUAUACAGGUACGUCCAGGUACAUUUUAGACUAUCUUGUUUUUGUCAUGUUACUAGAGGGCUAUCUCCCAACUUUUCCUUAUCGCAAACAUCAUUGGUUAUGAGUCAGUG